CAUUCACUAGAAGAUGGCGGACUGCGCUCCACUGUUAGAUGAGGAACUCUCGUCCUUUGUCUUCAAUUACCUGACAGAAAACUCCGACAGCCAGUAUGGGGAGGAGGAGGUGUGUUCGGAUCGUUUGGACACCGACUUCCCGGACAUCGACCUCUCCCAGCUGGACACCAGCGACUUCGACAGCGUCAACUGUCUCAGCGAGCUGCAGUGGUGCAACGAUCAGGCGUCGGGCGCAUCACCAGCCUCCAUCCACUACAGUACAGCAGAUGAGCUCUUCGAGAUAGAAGAGGAGAAUGCGGCACUGCUCGCCGCUCUCACAGACAGCCUCGACAGCAUGGUGGACGCCGAAGUGGGCGGGCUCUCUGUCUUCCCCGCCUUGGGGGAGGAGCCUGACCAGGAAGAGGAAGAGCAGGACAAUCUUCCUCUUAGCACCAAGGACUUCAGACCUUCAGUGGGGGCUGAGACUGAGGACCCCUCUCUGUUGAGGAAGCUGCUGCUGACUCCUCCCAACGUUCCCACGGGCAUCGACGCACACAAAGAUGGAGUCCAUGGGCAUCGCUAUAGCAACAGAAGCCUGCACCCAAGGCCAGUCAAACCCCUGGUCAAGACUGACCUUCCUCAGGAGCGAAAACCCAGAGCGGUGCGUCCGGCGGGUCGACUGUGCACUGAGCUCCACCGCCAUCUCACCACCGCCCAGGACUCGGAGGACGCCCCGGUCGCUGACACAGAGGAGGACGAAGAGGAAGAGGAGGACGAGGACAGUGAGUCAGAGGAGGAUGAAGAGGAGGAGGAGGAGUCUUCCAGUAGUGAGGUGGAGGGUGGGGCAGCUGUUGCCGCCGCCCCCGCCGAGCCUGCGAAGCCUCAGUUCAGCUCAGAGAAAGAACUGCACUCAGUGGUGGAACUGAUCACGUACAUGCACACCUACUGCCUGCCCACGCGCAAGCAGCAGGGCUGGGAGCGCAAGGACCGGGACCUCCCGAGGCCCAGGGCCCGACCCGAGGCCUCCCGCCCGGCCCCCACAACCUCUCACAGCAGAGUUGUAUUAGUGGCCACUCCAGGGACUAGUGGGGGUUUAACUGGGACCGGCGGUAGCGCCCCCAGGAGGCUCCCGUUUGCUAGACGGAGGGAGAUGAAGGCCAACUCCCUUCUCCGCGAGCUCCUGCAGCAGAGCAGCUCUUUCGAUGUGAGCAAGCCUUACAGACUGCACAGCCCUCCCUACACCCACUCCCACAGCCCAAACAGAGGACUAAGUGCUCCUUCUGCCCCGGCUAAAUCAGCCCCUGCCCACUCCCCCAGCUCCACCACCCUUAAACCGGAGCUUUGUAAAGACACUUCUUCUCCUGAGAGGAGAACCGGCUCUUCGGAUGCUCCACAGAGCCAGGGGGAGACCGCAGAGGACAGCGGCUCCUUCUCAGUUCGCCGCUCCCGCCGCUUGGCCUCCUUCCCCAGCCGCUUCGCCAAAAGGCUGCGGCCCGGACGCGUGAGGGACGGAGAGAGCAAGGAAAAAGAGGAAAAGGAAGGGGUCAAGCUCCUACCAACCCAGAUGGGAGAGGAAACUACGACAGAGAUGCAGUCAGAGCAGCUGACGUCAGGCGACUGCAGCACUGGAACAACGGAGCCAACCAAACCCUGCUGCCACAACGUUUCAGAAAAGCGAGCAUGCCUUUGUCUGCCUCUGAACUCCAAGUCCACAGGAGAGUCCCAGUACAGCACCAAGCCUUUUGAGCAGACGCUCAGUGUGGAUCUGUGUGGAACAGCAGGCCUCACUCCUCCGACCACCCCCCCUCACAAACCUGUUGAGGAUGAGAUGUUCAAGCCAACAGAGGGAGGAAAGAGCGGUGGAGGAACAGGAAGCAGCAGCAGCGCUGAUAGUGGAGGAGGUGGAGAUGAGUCAGGGAACCCCGCCUCCAAUGCUGCCGUUGCAACCAAAAGCUCAUCCUGGCUGAGCCGCGGCCACCACCAGCGGAAGCUUCCAGAGCAGACAGAGCUGUACGCUCAGCUGAGGCGCAUGGGCCAGGCCGGCGACGCCGACACCCACUGCAACUUUGGUGACCACGAUUACUGCGCGCCGAGUCUGGGAGAGAGCCGCAAACGUAGCGCUGCCAUGCUCGGUGCUAUGUUACAGGCACAGGGGGGCAGCGAUGGCGUUGGCACCCUAGCACCCAAAGCAGCUGACGAUCAGGUAUCGGCGGAUGGAAAGGGCAAGGAGAACAGGGACAGGCUGGAAGUCACAGACCCAGAGGAGCAGCAGACGGUGACGGUGGUGAUUUCAUCAUCGCCGCCACCCGACUGCCAGUCGACAGCUGCGACACCACCAGCUUCAGAGGAAGAGGCGGAGCGCUCGUCAGGAUCUCGCUCACCCUCACCCACCCUCCACCUCUGUCCAGACUCCCCCGCCAGCAAGACAGACUCCAGUGAGAACUCGGAGAUCUGUCCUGACGACAAGCAGAGGAACAAAGCCAAGUCUGACGAGGACAACUGCCAGGUGUUUUACAUCCACAACCUGCCAAGCAGCGUGACCCAGAACAUGCUGAGGAAACGCUUCCAGGUUUUCGGCAAAGCGGAAGACUGCAAAGUCAUCAUCUGCAAUGAGGAGCGGUGUGGUGUCAUAAAGAUUCGCCAGUCAGGGGUUCAAAGACACCGGAGAGAAUGGGAGACUGUUCUCCAGAGUGGACCUGCAGGUCUAAGGAGGAUGACGAGGAAGCGCUACAUAGACCUUGAUGAGGCAGGUCCAGGCCCAGUCAAGAGCAAGUACGACGCACUGGACUUCGACACUCUUCUGAAGGAAGCCCAGAAGUCCCUUCACCGCUGACAGUGCAGGUCCUGACUGGCCAGCCUUAGUAAAACUACAGCAACCCUCCUCUGACACCAUGUCUGCUCUCAGACAGGCCUCUCAGUACCUCCACGCAAGGCAACCUCGCAAAAUGUUUACAUUUUUACCAUUGGAAUAAAGUAACAGUACAGACGUUGUUUUUUUAAGUUUCUUUCACCGGAGGAUACUGCUUAUAAAUGAGGAAGCCACUGGGAGUCCAGAGGAGUUGAGAGACAGUGGAGGAAAAAUGACUUCAAAAAUUACAGCAAUGGUACAACAGCUACAAACGAUAAUGAUAGCGUUCUCUGCUGAACAACAAUGACAACAAAGCUGCUUCCUGUCUGUGUUGGUGAAAUCUUUGCCCUGCCUUGGAAGAGCGGGCGUGAAAGACCUCCGUAGCAAAUCCUUGCUAUCCCUGCGUUGCGUUGGUCGUCGUGGUGUGUGUUUCUGCGUGUGCGUGUUCUUUGUUCUGUUUGUUUUGUAAAAAAAAAAAAAAGGAAACAAAACUCUCUCUUUCUGGUCAGAGGUGGUGGACCUGCAAGCUGUGUUCACCAUGAAGUUGUGCGAUUGUGUAACCAGAAGAAAAAAAAAAAAAACCCUGCUUUGUUUUAGCAAAAAAUUGUGGAUGUUAUAAAUUUGAAAAUCUAUCGUGCGUGUGUUAUGGACAAAGAAUAUAACAAAAUAACAUUUAACGUAAUCAUUUGAUGACUGAUAAAAGUUUACAAAUUUAAAAUGAAGAUGGAAAAAAAUCAUGUUUUUUUUUUCUUUUUUGUAAUUGUAGUGCUUCCUUAAUUUGAUCUAUGCACUGUAAGGAGGUUAAAUGUCUCCGCUGUCCUCCACUUUCCCCCCUUUGACUCUAAUCUCAAAAUCUGCCAUGCUGACUAUUUGGGCUUCUGCUACUGGCUGCUGCAGGCUCAGUUUGGUAGGCGGUAGGUGUACGUUAAAACCCCAACUUGGAUUUGGAAAUAAAAUCAACUCCAUUUAAGGCCAUUUGUCAUUUUAUAAUGUGAAUAUAUUUUAACUGGCUUCGAAAUAGGAUAUCGGCCAAAUUCCACUUGAGCUUUUGUAUAGUUUAUUGUUGAUGUGGUGAAUUGAACUGGCAACGAAAAUAGUGUUAAAAAAAUGUCUGAAUAUGAGUAAUUGUCACUGCCUUUGUUAAAACAAACUGAAGGGAUGGGUUUAGUGUUGGGAUUGUAUAGAUUGUAGAGAUCGGUGAACAACAUUUAACUGUAAAAUUAAGCACAUUUAAGCAUGUUUUUAUCAGUAGCACUGUCAACGUAAUUUGAUAACGAAAAUAUAUAAAGAAAUAUAUGGCUAUAUCUAAAAUUGCAAAUAAAAAAAAAUAAUAACGUAAGUUGAUUCCACUUAUCUUUUUCCAAAUCCAAAGGGGUUUUCAUGUGUGUUUUGACGUGGUCCCACUGAACAUGUGUCCAAUACAGGCUGCAGCCUAAAGACACCCCCUGAAUGCCACAGCCAAUGCAACAGUUACUGUUUACAUACGGACUGCAGCAAGCAGGACAAAAAUGGGGAAAAACAAGUUGGUGGCCAUUGGCACCUUUACAUCAUUUUUUUUUUUAGUCACUCAGUAUGACAUCUGCUUUAUCCAGACAUGUUCUUUCACAUAACAUUAAUUAUUCGCUACAGUGCAAAAACUGUUAACAGAUCCGAAGAAAUGUGACUUUUUUCCUAUUUCAGACAUCGCCAUAAAUACAGUCGACUAAUUGGUUCGUUGAAAUGGAAUGUAUACAAGAAUCUGAAUGUAAUUAUCAUGCUUUCCCCAUUUCUGCUUGCCCAAAGAUUGUGGAGCUUUUUGGUGCUUAAAAUGGUAGACUUGUCACGCGGUUGAUUACAUUUAACCGAGCUUCAAAUAUAGCCUGAAUGACGCCUAAUUUACAUUUCUCAUGCAGCCAGUAGCACCUGCCGUGAAGACAGAGAGAGCUUUCAAGCCUGCCAAUCAGGUGGCGCCAAAACAGCCGCCGUAUACCUACUAUAACACAGCCAGGGAACGAGCAAGGGAUGGGCUUGAAAGUAACAAAAAAGAGCAAUCGGUCAAGGCUUCUUGUCCGGGAGGUACUGUAUCAGCUGAGCAUCUCUACCUCACAUCCAUCCCUGCUCCCCCUGUCACUUUAUUUCUUAGAUGCUCUCCCCAUCCUCUUUUGUAUGUUUUUGUUUGUGUCGAAAACCUUCUCCGUGUGAGGGUUUUUCCCAACUGACAGCCGGUUAUGUGUAGUUCGGGGGUUUGGUUUUUUUUUUAUUUUAUACUAUGACUCCUAUCACUAAGCCCCCCCCUCUCCCCCUCCCCUUAUGCGGGGAAAACUCUCGAACUCUUUCCUUGGCUUGCCUCAUUGCGGUUUUUAGUGUGAUCGUUUUAUGGAGUCUCGACCAUGUGUUUGUGUAACAGUGUUUUGUCUUUGUCUCGUGUUUGAGUCGGACACUACUGACGCUUGCGGGCUACGGUGAAAACGGGUGGGGAGAGGCUGAACGUUUGGUUUGGUGGUUGGUUAGUCCUUGAGCGCAACGGGAGGCAAAGAUUUCCCACUCUUCUCCCCCCCUCCACCCACCCUCCUUUUCUUGCUUUCUUCAGGGACACCAUUCCUCCCAAUUUCCCCAGUUCCUCCUCUCCUUAACCCUGGAAUUUCACUGAAACCGCCCAACUCUUUCUGUCUGUAACUCUCUCUCUCUCUCUCUGUGGGUUCAGGCCUGGUUGCUGGGCUUUCCCUCAGCCCCUUGGUAUACUCUACCCUUUUCCACAUCCUCUUCCUUUCUCUAUCUAAUCAACUCCUUGGUAACACACACAAAAAAUUGAAUGUUUACAUCACUCGAUUCUCCUUUGACUUUAUUAGGAACGCACACUAAGUACAAAGGCGCCUUAUUCAGUGUUUAAAGAAAUAACAGCAAGUUGAGUGGCCUCGAGGAAUGCAACUUCUCCAGGUUCACUGAUGUCCAAAACUAACAAUUUAGUGCUAUACAUACUGAUUGAAACAAUAAGUCAUCCUCUAAAAAAAAGAAAGGAACAAAAAGUGUAACAGACUAAUCGCAAACAACUGAAUGAGUAUUUGUGCUUAGUAUGUAUACUACUAAAAAGUGAGAGAAUGUGCUGGUUUACAUAUUAAAAAAAGAAAAUAUAUUAUAAUAUAUGAAUAUAUAAUGUGUAUAUAGCACUAUGCCUCGUUGUAAACAUAAAAUGUAUUGUGUGUUUUGUUUUGUUUUGUUUUUUUUCUUUUUUUUUUUUGUUUUUAAGGUGGCGGGUCACAGUUGAUUGCUAAUCAGACAGGACACGGUCAAGUCGGUUUUGUUUUCCAAUGAGUAAAUAUAUGUUCAGUACAGGGAGGAAACGAAGGGAAAAAUGACAAUGACAACUUCACUCAAAGUCCAACACUGUUGUAUGAGAAAGACAAAAAAUAUAAAUAUAUAUAUAUAUAUAUAUAUAAGAGAUCCCUUUAGACUAUCACAUUAGAAAAGUUAUAUUUCUUUGCUGUUUAUGAAAUGACAAAAUAUUUUUUGAUAUUUUUUUUUUUCUGUUUUUAAAAAGCAAUUUGAGAUGCAAUACAUAAUAAUCUUAUCUUUAAGACAGCCUUUUUUCCUUAAACAAAGGUAAUAAUGUACAGUGUGUGGUUGGUUGUUGAACUACAACACGGGGAGACUCAAUAGGCGACUGUACUGUAUGUAGAACUGCUGUUAAACACAAAAAACGAAAAAAUUACAGAAAGAAUGUGGUCAGUUGUAAACACAUAACACAUAUAAAAAUAAAUUAUACUAGUAUACUCUUGCACAAUUAACAUCCCAAGUAGUGAAAUACCUUCACAGUGACUCCUCUCUAAAGGAAAGGAAGCUGUUGUAACUAUGUUAUUACCACAUUUUGAUGGUGCACAGGUUUGUUUAAAAUCUGACUUACAUGGGACACGCAUUACAGUAACGGCAAAUAACUAUGCGUAUGACUCUGGCAAUGGAAAGUAGGAAGGAGAAAAAGAAGAAAAGAGAUAAAGUUGUUGCAGAUUUGACCCCGUUAAAUGUUUUCAGAGACACUGUAGAUGCUGCAGAAAUCCCACUUUUUAAUGCUGCACUUCAGAUGAAACUGGUUCUUGCUUGUAUUUCAUCUAAAAAUUACACAUUCAUACAGAGGGUAGAGUUUGUCAAGGCAAUGGAAAGUUUAUGUACCAUUUGAUUUGCAAAAUGAGUAUGUUGCCCUAAAACCCCACUAAUUGCAGGUACACCAGUAUGCGAAUAUUGGCAUCGAGUGACUGGAAAAUUUUGAUUGCUUGUUUUAUUAAAAUUAAAAAUUAGCAUUAUUCAAUUGUGUUUUUUUAAAACAAUAUGAUGAAGGGCUGAAAGACAUUUGUAAAAUUAAGAUUAUUUUGUUUCCCUGACAUAAAUUGGGAAAUAAGUAAAAGAAAAUGAACUUACAAUAAAAUAGCUGUGUCUGAAGGCACAAAAUCAAGUUAAAUUACAUUCUGGUUAGUCAUGAGUCAGAAACAUGUUCCUAAGUGCAACAAACAAAAAAAAAUCACAAGCGGUGGAAAAAAUGCAUUAGCAAAAUUCAGGAUUUUUUUUUUCGUCUAUAUCCAUAAAAAAGUGAAAUUGUACCUUAAAUACAUUUAUGGAAAGUCAUUUGUUGGCAUCGGCCAAGGAUUUCACUCUCAGUGCAUCUGUAUCCAGUUCUCCACAGUUGGAGAUUUUAUCUUAUUUACUGAAAUAAAUGGAAAGGUGAACGUAACAGACAAAGCUGCCUUCAAUAACUCACUUGUCUGUUGGCAUUUUUGCAGUGGAGAAAAGAACUGCUUGUUAUUCCAAAUUCAGAUGGAUUUGAGGAAACGCUGUGCAGCAUUUGUUGGGGUUUUUGCGGCGCCUGCUGCUGUGCCUGAAGGGGCCUCCGUUGUUGUGGAGGUGAACGACAUCAUGGCAAGCCUUAAAACUUAACUGGGGGACACCGAAGCUACCACUAGCUUUUACUAUUACUGUCUCAACUCCUUUCCAAUCCAAUGUGGUUUAUUAUUAAAUAAUUACUGACGUAAUUAUAACUUUUUUCAAUAGCCAUAUUAUAAAAGCUAUAUACAUAUAUAUGAAUAUAUAUUUGUGUGUUUGUGUAGAUAUCUAGAUGAUUAUAUACUUUCUUAUAGAAAACGUUGAUGUUGACCAUUCUCCUCAGUGUUUGAGAACACGUUGACACAUUUCAACAUGAUAAUACCGCUGUCUACUUGGUCUAGGUCCUAGGUCAAUGGACAAUGAAUCCAAAUCCAAAAAAUGUAAUAAUAAUAAAAAAAUAAAAAAACACAAAAAAAUCCUUCCAAAGGGAAUUACCCUCGUCAGAAUGCAAUACUAUUCUUUCCACUCUUCAUUUCAGAAAAAUGAAAAAUGGCAAGAAAACCAUUAAACUUAAGAGGCAAGUUGACCAAAAAAAAAAAAAAAAAAGUUAAAAAAAAAAAAAAAAAGUUAAAAAAAAAAAAAUCUAAAACUUUCAACAAUAAAAUGCGUGGCUUGUGACGGCUUGUGAAAAAUGUGAUGUUUUUGACAGCCGCGACAGAUUCAGUUUUAUCGAUGUCAUGUUUCCAAUGCCAUGGCCCACUAAAACACAUUUUUAUUUGCUUUUAUGUCACAUACUAUUCUGUUUUUUUUGUUUUUGUUUUUUUAGUUCAGAAAACAAUGUAUCUGUCAGCAUGCUAUGCCAUCCAAUACCAUAGCCCCUACAGGACAGGAGUACUGGCACCAGGGGUCGGUCGUGGCCCCAGAUUUCACUGCUGUGUUUGGUCUGUCAAUGGUUUGUCCACAGUAAACAACUGAACUGUCUGUGUCACAUUUCAACAUCAACAGUUGUACAAUACACAAAAACCCAAUGGGUAAUCUGUCGAACUUGAUGGUAACAGUGAUGUCAAAUAGGCACUUAGUAGGAACUGCAAACUAUCAAAAUCUGCUAAAUGUGAGUCGGUGUUUUUUGGUGGGAGAAAAUAUUUUGACAUAAGGGCAUACAUUGUUUUUGUUGUUUUUCAUUACUAUUGAUUUCGUUGUCUAUUUACAACUAAUGACUAUCAAAUUUCACAUAAAUAAUUUUUUUUUCUUUUUUAACUUAGUUUUUGGUAAAACAAAAAGGUAAAUACUACUAGUGAGAUUUUAUAUUUUUACAUAUGUUGGUUUUAUUUGCGUUUCUCCUUUUUUUAUUUAUACGCCACUUAGUUUGGAUGUCUUUAAAUGGUGUUUUUUUUUUCCGUUUUGUGUGAUUUCAUAUGUCUUGAGAAUGUGGAGACAAAGGCAUUUCAGUAUUUUUGAAUUGUUAAAAUCUAGUUUCAUAGAAGCGGAAGUAUCUGAUGUUAUAAAUUAUAUUUUAAUUCAUGUAAAUAGUUUAAAACAGAAGACUAUGGCUUCCUUUUAAACUGAAUACAUUUCUCUUCAGAGAUUGUUUACAUUAUGAAACUGUAGAGAUGUGCUCCUCAUAUACUGUAUAAAAGUACAUAUAUUCAUUGAUUUGCCUCCAAAAAAUAAAAUCCUAAUGAACAGAA